CCAAGCAAAGGCUGGAUGACCACUGAGCAGGUUGGCGUCGACGGCGGGAGGCUGAGCCAUGCCGCCUCAAGAUCAGCGGGCAGCGAGCCCAACCCCUUUGUCCCGAGAGCCAUGAACAGCUGCAGGUACAACGGGGGCACGGGGCAACCCCCAGGCGGUCUCGGCUUCUCCGUCCAUGAGCCCGAGGGCCAGCCCUUGCAGGCCCUGGGUAGCAGGGGCGCCCGUCGAAGCUCGGGCCUGGAAGUGGUUGUGUCUAAAGGGGAGCAGGUGCGGGUGUCCCCGGCCAGCCUGCAUGACCGAGUGGAGGAGGAGGAGGAGGAGGAGGAAGGAGCCCGUCCACCCAGGAGGGGCCUGAGGAAGACGCAGAACGUGGGCUACCGGCUUGGGCACCGUCGAGUGCUCUUUGAGAAGCGCAAGCGGCUCAGCGACUACGCUCUGAUCUUUGGCAUGUUUGGCAUAGUGGUUAUGGUGACUGAGACGGAGCUGUCCUGGGGCGUCUACACCAAGGAAUCUUCAUAUUCAUUCACACUAAAAUGCCUUAUCAGCCUCUCCACUGUCAUCCUGCUGGGUCUCAUCAUCAUGUACCACGCCCGGGAGAUCCAGCUCUUCAUGGUGGACAAUGGGGCUGACGACUGGCGCAUCGCCAUGACCUGCGAGCGGAUCUUCUUCAUCGCGCUGGAGCUGGCCGUGUGCGCAGUGCACCCCGUGCCCGGCCAGUACCUGUUCACGUGGACGGCCCGCCUGGCUUUCACCUACACCACGUCGGUGGCAGACGCAGACGUGGACGUCAUCCUCUCCAUCCCCAUGUUCCUGCGCCUCUACCUCAUUGGCCGCGUCAUGCUCCUCCACAGCAAGCUCUUCACAGACGCCUCGUCCAGAAGCAUCGGGGCCCUCAACAAGAUCCAUUUCGACACCCGCUUUGUCAUGAAGACGCUCAUGACCAUCUGUCCUGGCACAGUCCUGCUCGUCUUCAGCAUCUCUUCCUGGAUCAUCGCAGCCUGGACCGUACGAGUCUGCGAGAGGUACCACGACAAACAGGAGGUGACCAGCAGUUUCCUGGGGGCCAUGUGGCUGAUCUCCAUCACCUUUCUGUCCAUUGGCUAUGGGGACAUGGUGCCCCACACCUACUGCGGGAAGGGCGUGUGUCUCCUCACAGGCAUCAUGGGCGCUGGCUGCACGGCGCUGGUGGUGGCGGUGGUGGCCCGGAAGCUGGAGCUCACCAAAGCAGAGAAGCAUGUUCACAACUUCAUGAUGGACACUCAGCUCACCAAACGGGUCAAAAAUGCUGCCGCCAACGUACUCAGGGAAACGUGGCUCAUUUACAAACACACCAAGCUGGUGAGGAAGCCCGACCAUGCCCGAGUUCGGAAACACCAGCGCAUGGAUGAGGCACCUGCCCCGCACGAGGCAUUGUUGAUAAAGGGACAGUAAGGAGACACACCCUGCCUGUUGGAGCAGACCCAGAGCUGGCCAGGAAGAACCUCAGCAAUCCUGGGGGCAUCCCUGCCUCAGAGUGGGAACUGAGUCCUAGAGAGGGUCUGGGACUUGGCCAAGGUCUCUCUGCAGGUGAAACAGUCUGCCAGAGACGGUCCGUUCUCCUGCCCCACACUGCCUCCUUGUGGCACAAACACUUGUAAUUCUCUUACAGUUACCGUGGGGUUUUUUCUGUGUUGUUUUAAGGAAACAUGAAUAGGAAGCUUUACAGCUAAUUCAGACUUAGCCCCUCUGGUUCUCAGUUAGCUGACAAGCAAGCACUUCCUUUGUGCUGGGCACCGUUCUACCCCUCGGGGAGCUUCCAGUCUAACGGGGUAGUCCACAUGCCAACAACUGUGUGUACGAGAUAUAGACAGAGUGGACAGAGGCUGAUCUCCGAGGGAAGGACCAGCAGUGGGGGAGGGACCCCAAAAGGAAUUGAGAAGGAGCUGUUGGACAGGUGGGAGAAGCAGGAGGAAGCAGCAUCCUGACAGCUGAGGCUGAGAAUCUGUAGGGAAAGCUGGUGAUGAGCAGUGUCAGAGGCCUCACUUAGAGAGGUCAGAGAAGCUGAGGACCGAGAAAAGACCAUUCGAUUUGGCCAUUAAGAGAUAGUUGGCAAUUUUAGAGAAGUUUCGGUGGCAUGGAGAGGGUGGAGGCAGCUUGCAGAGGACAUCAAAUGGCAUGACGGGAGCUGGAGAGGCCAGGAGUCUGGCCAGGAAGGGGAGGAGAGGUAGAGGAUGGUAGGUAGCAGGGAAGGUGGAGUCAAGCAAGGCUUUGGAGAGGCUGGGAAAGACAUGGACACGCAGCCAGCAUUCAGGGAGAGACGGAAGAUUAGAGGGAGUGGGGAUGAGAGGGGCACUGCACUAGAGAAGACAGGAUGCGACCGAGGAGAAGGGUCACCUCGUCACAAGAGACGGGGUGAAAGAAGAGAGCGGAGGAAGGCGUGUGAGUGACAGGAGAUGUGGCGGAGGGGUCUGGGCCUUCUUCAGUGAAGCAUCUCGGCCGAAGGGAGCUUGAGAGGGAUGAAAGGGCUUGGAAU